AGGCCGGUCGUGUUUCAGGCCGUGGGCCUCGCAUCAGAGCAGUGUGUGGUGUCGGCGGCGGAGGUCAUGGCCCAUGGCUGGACACGCGCCAGGGAGCAGGGCAAGGUCACAGAGGAGACCCUGAAGACCGUCCCGCAUCUCGACGACAGGGCCUUGGCGGCCCUGCCUUUCGAGGCCUGCGGGCACACGGCGUGGGACAAGCUGCCCGCGAUCGGCGCGGGGGGUGCGCAGGUGCAGGGCCCGCCGAGCUCGCACGACCUCGGCGCCGGAGGGAGGCGGAGCAGCACCGUGAGCUCGACGGCGAGCACCGCGUGCUCUCUUGGCAGCCAGUUCCGCGAGCACCGCAAGGAGGGGCAACGCUACGAGCUCGUGGCCGCCCGCCGUCGCGUCAACCGCCAGCGGCUCCUCGGGGCCGACGGCGCCUUCGUUGGGGAGUGCGCGAGCGGCUUCUGCGGCACCGACUGCACGAGGUGCGCGGCAAGGAGGCGGGAGUAGGCGGCCAGGGCCGUCGCGGGGGUCCGACGGCGCAGCAUGCUGCGCUCGCGCUCCGCGUUGGCAUCGUCGGCGGUGCGGUCUUGUCUUGCUGCGCCUCCUCCUCUUCCUCCUGCUCCUCUUUACUAUCGUUGUCGUCCUCUCCCUCUUUCCACCGUUUCGCUGCCGCGGUCGCUUGGACUGCUCGCCCCCUCUUCCGUCCGUGUUCUGCCCCUCGGUCCGACCACUUCUUCUUCGAGCUCGGGACCUCUGCUCCUUAUACUGGUGUCUUGUGAGUCAUGCGACGCGCGCUUACCAUAUAGCUUGCACAACCAAUGACACUACCUGCGUUGCAUCUUCAAUACCAUUCUGGACCAGCCCCUCGUGUCACUGACUUUGAACGCCGCAGGGGGUUGUUUUUUUGUAAGCGUCUUGACGGCGCCUGCCAUGACAGUGGUCGGCCGCCCGCAUCCUUUACGAUUGAAUCAUGACACACGGCAUCGGCUAUGACGCUCGUCGAAAGCCUUCAUGCAGGAGUGCACGGCACCCGGCAUGAUGCUCUUCGGGCGACCGCGCCGUGUGCUGCCAGCCUCCUUGGAGCUUCCUUUUCAAGCCAGACGGGGGGAAUUCGUCUUGCCCGGCUGCCUUGGUCUUGCCUGGCCCGGCCGGCCGCAAACGGUUGCUCUGCACUGUUCGCCAAAUGAGGUGGG